AUGGGCUACAAUCAACUUAGUGAUUCUAUUCCUUUAUCUCUAGCAAACUUGAGUAACCUAGAGGUUCUGUACCUAGGUGAGAAUAAAUUAUCUGGUUUCAUUCCUACACGACUUGGGAAUUUGAAGGCUCUCACUAAUCUUGGUCUGAGUGACAAUCAACUUAGUGGUUCUAUUCCUUCAUCACUAGCAAACCUCAGCAACCUACAGAGUCUGUACCUUGGUGUAAAUAAAUUAUCUGGUUCGAUUCCACAAGGAUUGAGAAAUCUAGACUUGCUUGAUCUGUCGAAUAAUAAUUUUUCUGGCAAUUUGCCUGAAGAUUUGUGCUAUGGUGGAAAGCUUCAAAGGUUCACAGCAAAUAGUAAUCAACUCACUGGACCUAUCUCAAGAGGUUUACAGAAUUGCCUUAGCUUAAUAAGCGCUCGUUUUGAUCAAAAUCAAUUCAUUGGAGAUAUAUCCAACAGCUUUGGCAUCUAUCCACACUUAAAAUACCUUGAUAUCAGUCACAAUAAUUUUCAUGGGGAACUUUCUCAAAACUGGAGUAACUGCAAGAAUUUGACAGCCUUAGUGAUGGCCUAUAACAAUAUCAGUGGUAGCAUACCACCAGACUUUGGAAAUUCAACUCAACUACAAAGGCUUGAUCUUUCUUCAAACCAUUUGGUUGGUGAAAUCCCAAAGGAGUUUGGGAAGAUGAAAAGUAUGCUGAAUUUGUCCUUGGCUAAUAACGAACUUUCAGGUAUUAUACCUCCACAGCUCGGAUCUUUAGAACUCCUUGAAAUACUCGACCUAUCCACAAACAGAUUAAGUGGGUCAAUACCAAGAAGUAUUAGUCAAUGGGAACAUAUCCACUACUUGAAUCUUAGUAAUAACAAACUCACUGAAAAAAUUCCAUCUGAAAUUGGUAAAUUGGUUCAACUUACAGAACUUGAUUUAUCUCAGAAUUUGCUCGCAGAAGAGAUACCAUCUGAAGUUCAAAGUUUGAAAAAUCUACAAAAGUUGAAUCUUUCUCACAAUAGACUAUCUGGUUCUAUUCCAAACGCUUUUACAAGUUUGCCUAGUGGGAUUGACAUCGACCUGUCCAACAAUGAGCUCACAGGUCCAGUUCCCCUUUGCUCCAACUUUGUAAAUGCAUGCUUACAUGGUAAUUCAGGUUUGUGUGGUAAUUUUACAGGACUAAAAUUUUGUACAAGUCAAAUCUAUAAGAAGAAAAAUGAUCCCUUUCAUCAUCAACUCAUCCUGGUAAUUAUGCUCCCUCUUAUUGGGGUAAUUUUACUUGGUUUGUUCAUGUGUGGCCUCAUUGCUUAUCGAAAACAAACGAGACAUUAUCCAAAGAAACCAUUGGACAAAGAAGGUGGUGAUUAUUUCUCCAUAACAAGUUUCGAUGGAGGAGUAGUGUAUGAUGAAAUCUUGAAAGCAACGAACAAUUUUGAUGAAGCAUACUCGAUUGGGACCGGAGGAUAUGGGACUGUGUACAAAGCCAAGCUACAGCCUAACAAUGUUUUAGCUGUUAACAAACUUCACUCAUCAUCUGAGAAUGUUGAUCAAAAUGGAUUCCUUAAUGAGGUACGAGCAUUAACGAACAUAAGACAUCGAAACAUAGUGAAACUCUAUGGAUAUUGCUCACAUGCCCGCCACUCAUUUUUGAUUUAUGAAUACCUUGAAAAGGGAAGCCUUGGAUCAAUCUUAAGGAGCGAUGUCUUAGCAAAAAAAUUGGAUUGGUUGAAAAGGGUCAAUAUUGUAAAGGCUGUUGCUAAUGGUUUAGCUUAUAUGCAUCACGACUGCUCACCUCCUAUAAUUCAUAGAGACAUUUCCAUUGGCAACAUCCUUCUUGAUUCUGAUUAUGAGGCACAUAUUUCUGAUUUUGAGCUUGCUUAUACGAUGGUGGCAACCGAGAAAUGUGAUGUGUAUAGCUUUGGGAUUGUUGUACUAGAAGUGAUCAUGGGAAAGCAUCCUGGUGAACUACCAACAUUGCCUGCUGAUUAUCUGGUGUUGGUAAAUGUUGGAGAUAGUCGGAUUCCACUUCCCUCACCACAAGUUGAGAAACAAGUUAAUUUAGUACUGAAUCUCUCAAGAGUAUGUUUAAACUCCAAUCCACACGAAAGGCCAACAAUGCACCAUGUUUCAAAUCUGUUGACCAAGGCCUGA